GGUGGAGGGAAUCAGAGUCAGAUUAGUGAAGUCGAUCAGUUUCCGAGAAAGGGCGUCCUGCUCGCUGGUUUUUCUCAUGUUCGUCUCCUCAGAGGAAGGGGCGGUCCCAGCGCCACAGCAGAUCCGGAAUUAACUCGGCUCAGUUCGGCUCGGCUGGUUCGGUUCCAGCCGACACAGAAACGGGACUGCUGGUUUAAAACAUUUCUGAAGAUUACCAUAAGGAGGGGAAGUGAGUGGGAAAGCGAGAAGCCGGCUAGUCUGAAAGUGUCGACGGAAGGAGGGACGAAAACGGAAAAGAGGAAUAAAAGAAAGAAGAAGAAAAGUGGAAGAUGCCUCUGGCUCAGCUGGCAGAUCCCUGGCAGAAGAUGCCAGUGGGGGGUACGGCUGGAGAGGAUUCACAUCAGGAUACAGAGGACUUGGUGAGCGAGGACGACUCCAUGUCCAUAUGCACUGAUGACGUGCCAAUCAAAGAGAUCAGUAUCACCCAUCAUGUCAAGGAGGGAUCAGAAAAGGCCGACCCGCGGCAGUUUGAACUCCGCAAAGUCUUGGGACAAGGCUCUUUUGGAAAGGUGUUUCUGGUGAGGAAGAUCACAGGACCGGAUGCUGGUCAGCUGUACGCCAUGAAGGUCCUGAAGAAAGCCACUUUGAAAGUGCGUGACCGGGUCAGGACAAAGAUGGAGAGAGACAUCCUGGUGGAGGUCAACCAUCCCUUCAUCGUCAAGCUGCACUACGCGUUUCAGACGGAGGGAAAGCUCUACCUGAUCCUGGAUUUUCUCAGGGGGGGAGAUCUCUUCACUCGUCUCUCUAAGGAGGUGAUGUUCACAGAGGAAGAUGUGAAGUUCUACCUGGCAGAGCUCGCUCUGGCCCUCGAUCAUCUUCACGGCCUCGGCAUCAUUUACAGAGACCUCAAGCCUGAGAACAUCCUGCUCGAUGAAGAUGGACACAUCAAGCUUACCGACUUUGGCCUCAGCAAGGAGUCAAUAGACCAUGAGAACAAGGCCUACUCCUUCUGUGGGACGGUGGAGUACAUGGCUCCUGAGGUGGUGAACAGGCGAGGGCACACGCACAGCGCCGACUGGUGGUCGUACGGCGUGCUCAUGUUUGAGAUGCUGACGGGAACGCUGCCGUUUCAAGGCAAAGACCGGAAAGAGACGAUGACCAUGAUCCUCAAAGCUAAGUUGGGAAUGCCACAGUUUCUCAGUUCAGAAGCUCAGAGUCUUCUCAGGAACCUUUUCAAACGCAACCCUGCCAACAGACUCGGAGCUGGACCAGACGGAGUGGAGGAGAUCAAGAGGCAUUCGUUCUUCAGCACCAUUGACUGGAAUAAACUCUACCGCAGAGAGAUCCACCCUCCUUUUAAACCAGCUUCAGGACGACCUGACGAUACGUUCUAUUUUGAUCCAGAGUUCACAGCUAAAACACCCAGAGACUCACCAGGGGUCCCACCGAGUGCCAACGCCCAUCAGCUCUUCAGAGGAUUUAGUUUUGUGGCCAUAACAGAGGAAGAAACACAACCACUACCUAGUACUAUUGUACAGCAGCUUCACCGGAGUACCUCCCAGUUUUCUGACGCCUAUGAAAUCAAAGAGGACAUCGGCGUCGGCUCCUACUCCAUCUGCAAGCGCUGCAUACACAAAGGAACGGGCAUGGAGCACGCAGUCAAGAUCAUCAACAAGGCCAAGAGAGACCCGACGGAGGAGGUGGAGAUCCUGCUGAGAUACGGGCAGCACCCCAACAUCAUCACCCUGAAGGACGUGUAUGACGACAGCCGGUCGGUGUUCUUAGUGACGGAGCUGAUGAAAGGAGGCGAGCUGCUGGACAAAAUCCUCCGACAGAAGUUUUUCUCCGAGCGAGAAGCCAGCGCUGUCCUCUACACCAUCACAAAGACUGUGGAGUACCUGCAUGUACAAGGGGUGGUCCACAGAGACCUGAAACCCAGUAACAUCCUGUAUGUGGAUGAGAGCGGGAACGCUGAGUCUAUCCGGAUCUGCGACUUCGGUUUUGCCAAACAGCUGAGAGCAGAGAACGGCCUGCUCAUGACGCCAUGUUACACUGCCAACUUCGUCGCCCCUGAGGUGUUGAAAAAGCAGGGUUACGAUGCAGCGUGUGACAUCUGGAGUCUGGGAGUCCUGCUCUACACAAUGCUAACAGGUUUCACUCCGUUUGCUAACGGUCCAGAGGACACACCGGAGGAGAUUCUUGCUCGUAUUGGCAGCGGGAAGUUCUCACUCAGUGGAGGAUACUGGAACUCGGUCUCCACAGAAGCAAAGGAUCUGGUGUCUAAGAUGCUGCAUGUGGACCCCCACCAGCGGCUCACAGCCCAUCAGGUCCUCAGACACCCCUGGGUGACGCACAGAGACCAGCUGCCCAAAUACACCCUCAACAGACAGGAUGCACCGCACCUCGUCAAGGGUGCGAUGGCGGCCACCUACUUAGCUCUCAGCAGGAACGUCCCCCCAGUCCUAGAGCCGGUGGGCUGCUCCACUCUGGCCCAGCGGAGGGGGAUGAAGAAGAUCACUUCCACUGCUCUGUGACCUUCUCCACUUCCUCCACCUCUUCGCAACUCUGACCUCGAUCUGACCACCGCCGGACCCCUCUACUCCUCUCCCUUCCCCUCUCUGGUCCGGUCCAGUCCGGCGGGACAGACUACUGAUGGACCUGGGAGCCGCUAAAGUCAUAUAGGAGCACAACAGGAGACCACCUGUCAUCACCCCUCUCCCGCCCUGUCCUGCACCUUAACCGGCUCUUUUGAUUGGACCUCCUCAGCUGGAUGGAGCUGUAAGGAAAACCUGUCGACUCUUUCCCACCGUAGAGUCCUGCGGUGUUUUUGCUUCGGACAAUCAGCGCUGCCUCUUAGACCCAGAGGCCGAACGUAUGUCAGCAUAAAAUGAAAGGACUGUAUUUAUUAAACUGCAGAUGAGGGAAAUCAUAGGAACAAGGUAAUUUAAAGUAUGCAUUUAAAGAGCUAGGCUCAUUAUCAUAUUGUUGUCACGGUUUAGAGUAGCUGUAGAUCCUGCAUUUAAACCUCCCGUAGCCUCUGAGAUGAUGGCGUCUGCAGAAAAGGACAGAAAAGCAGGAAUCAUGCUGUUGCUGUUUGCCUUCCAAAGGUAAAGACGAGUCUCUCAGGAGCCAGGUUUUGUUUUAAGGAUUAGUUUUGGUGGCUGAAGAGACUUCAAGCUUCCAAUAUUUUAUCAUUCAGGAGCAAAAAAAAUUAAAAGAACAAAGAUACAAGUGCUGCGUUGGCCUUGGGAGUGUCUGUCCCAACUGGGGUUUCAACAUCUAAUUCAUGUAACGACCAGCUGUACAAACAUUUAGGUGGAAAAGGGAGAUAUGCUCGGUCUGGAAGUCACAAUGAAGCGGAUUCUGUUUCUUUAUUUGUUCAGAAAGCUUUUGCUGCCCUCUGGUGGCCACGUCGAAACACUGACACACUUCUCUGUGAUUAUUUUAACCUUUUAUCCAGAAAGUUUUCUCUCUUUUCAAACGUUUAUAAUUAUUUUAUCUGACCAGUAAAGAACUGAAACAGAUUUUUUUUUUUUUUUUUUUUUUUUUUUUUGGAAAGGAGGAAAAUCUAAAUCAGUGGUGCUCAUUUCUUCCUCUUGAGGUUAGAAACAAGAUUAACUCUUAAAGGAAAAUAACAGAAACAUAUUUUAAUUUACGAACUAACAGACGGCAGAAGAAACGAGGCACAUUGUUUGUCUUGUGGAUCAUAAACUGAACUUUACCAUAAAAAACGAGCUGAUAUUUAUAAACCAUGUUAGAAUUAAAAUGUUUAAAUUUAGUUAAAUUGCUCCUAAAAGAAGCAACUUUUUAGUGAAAUGUCUUUAACCCCUAAGUUUUUGUAAAGUUUAACAAUUUCUUUUAUUUUUUAAUGAAAUUUAUGUCAUUGAGUUUUUUUUUCUAAUUAAGGUUUUGUCAACGAAAUAAUUUAAAGUUAUUAUAUUAUUAUUAUUAUUAUUUGCUUUAAUGUCAACAGAAGAUACCAAGGAAUAUUAUCUUUUUUGGGGGAAUUUUUUUUACUAGAUUUUUUACUAAAUUACUUAAAAGUCUUAAUUAGUUUUUUUCUUUAUUAGUUUUUUACCUGCUGAACAAAACGCAGAAAAGAGGAAACUUUCCAUAAACAUGACUGAGCACCACUGAUUUAAAGAACGAUUUUAUUUUUCCCUCCUUCACAAAACAAAGUUGAUGUUUAGAAGAGGAGAUUAAAAUAAAGAGAGCUGAACCCGGAUCAGCCUGCGACCUUCUGCAUGAGCCACCUGAUGGCCUCCGUCUGUGCAGCAGAACUGUAAAUAAAAACACGAGCAACUCAGGUUUCUACGUAUCACGAUGAUGCAUUUUUAUAAGCGCCGGAGGAGGGAGGUGGACGUUAAAAGCACACAAACGUGAGUGAACAGAGGCUCUGAUCCGACCAGCUGUGUGGAUUAAAUGAAAAGUAGUUUCAUUCCCAAACAUGAUGAAUCUGCUUUGACUUUAUAUUUGUUUAUUUUUGUCAUUUACAGUCUUUAAAAAAACGACCUUCAGACAUCCUGUUUUGGAAUCAAACUCUUCUGUCCUGACUGUUUGUACCAUGUGAGCUGAUGUGUGGUCCACGUGCAGCUUGUGUCGUGUCUCGUGAAGACGAGCGUCUGUAUGAAAACCCUUUAAAGACUGAGCAGAAAAACAUUCCAGCUGUAUUCAGGCUUCACAUCUGCCUGUAAAUCCUGUUUGGCACCAUUAUGGAGGUCCAUUUGUCAACAAAUAAAAAGGAUUAGUUCAACAAAUUACAGAAAAGAAGCCACAAGAUUUACUUUAACAUCGUAGAAAAUUCUUCUUGUUUGCCUUCUUUGUUAGAAAUAAAACUAGGAUGGAGUUUUUUUUAAUAAGUAGCACAAUAUUGCAACUUUUUUGCACAUUUGGUGGCACCAUGCACAACAAAAUCAAUAGAAAGCUCAUCAAUAACUCCUUAUGCAAGAACAGCAGAAACCGCUGCCAUCCUCGUAGACACUUUCUUUGUUUUGAUUAGACUGCUGGACCUCACGAGUCCAGGUCUUAGGAUCUUUGUAGCCAUGAGAAAGGUGGAUGCCUGAUCACAAAAGCCUCAGUAUAUUGAAUCAGAUCUGUUUAUGUGUUCAGUAUGACCUCCAACAUGGCUGCCAGGGAGCGCUGCGUCCUGUUAAUCCUCCCAAAGCCUCGUGUGUGGAUCCUGAUCCCUCAGAGGCACCACAGUUUCAGUAUUCAGGACCUUUAAGGUUCAGUGGAUGUUGUAAAAUGAUAUAAAUCUGUACCUGUGUGUAACUCUGCCACCCAAAAAAAUAAAUCAAACUGCAUCAGACAGCAACCUGAAACCGUGGAGGUCGGUUUUCACCGUGAAAAAGCAAAAAAGGAACUUCAGUCGUGACUUUAAUAAAAAUUAUGCAGAACAAGGUAAAACUUGUGAAACUUUUUAGAAAAAUGUGUAAAUGAGAUCACAGUGAUGAGUCUCAUUGUUUUAAUUGGAUUUUAAAUUUAGCUUAAACUAUAAACUUGAAGAGGUUGAUAAUAAAAUGUGGAAUAAAAGUCAAAUAAGUGAGAAUAAAUCUAAAUUAGUAGAGUAAAAAUAAACCUUUUGAGGUAAAAACCUGUGACUUGAGUCAUUGUUUUGAUCUUGAACCUGAUCAAGUCUCUUUAAAAAAGACACUUUAACUCAUAAUUUUCACUUUGUCAAAUUUUUUAUUACCACUUUUUUCAUUCUUCUUCUUUUUUACUUGCUUUGCAUCUUUACUUUAAAUCUCAUUUUAAGUCAGCAAGUCAAAGAAGUUUUGAAGCAUGGCUGAAAUUUUCUUCAUCUUUUCUUUUACUGGCGGAGAUUCGGCGUCGUGUGAACGUUGAAAACUUCUUCCUCUCUGUGUCGACUGAAUGUCCCAACUUAAAGGGAUAAAUAUACAUUUUUUUGUUUUAUAUAAAUAUAUUGAGUAUAUUAAGUGUUGAUUUCUGCCUCGUCUGUGCGUGUACGGCUCUGGGAUAAUAAAGUGUAAUGGGAUGAUUUUAUUUCUGUAAUUAUAAGGAAUCUUCAUUUCACUCCUCCUCCGUAUUCAGCCCUGCUGCUACGCCAGCUCUCCGUUUUGUACCUGCGGUGAGAGUUGGUCUUUCUAUUGAAAACAAUAAAAAACAAUAAGCUGA